AUGCCGAUCCACUCUCCAACCAGCCCGGGAACCAGCCCGAGAACCAGCCCGCGAACCAGCCCGAGAACCAGCCCGAGAACCAGCCCGAGAACCAGCCCGAGAACCAGCCCGAGAACCAGCCCGCGAACCAACCAGCCCGGGAACCAACCCGAGAACCAGCCCGAGAACCAGCCCGAGAACCAACCAGCCCGGGAACCAACCCGAGAACCAGCCCGAGAACCAGCCCGAGAACCAGCCCGAGAACCAGCCCGAGAACCAGCCCGAGAACCAGCCCGCGAACCAACCAGCCCGGGAACCAACCCGAGAACCAGCCCGAGAACCAGCCCGAGAACCAGCCCGAGAACCAGCCCGAGAACCAGCCCGAGAACCAGCCCGAGAACCAGCCCGAGAACCAGCCCGAGAACCAGCCCGCGAACCAACCAGCCCGGGAACCAACCAGCCCGCGAACCAGCCCGAGAACCAGCCCGAGAACCUGCCCGGGAACCAGCCCGAGAACCAGCCCGAGAACCAACCAGCCCGCGAACCAGCCUGGGAACCUGCCCGGGAACCAACCAGCCCGCGAACCAGCCCGAGAACCAGCCCGCGAACCAACCAGCCCGGGAACCAACCAGCCCGGGAACCAACCAGCCCGAGAACCAGCCCGAGAACCAGCCCGAGAACCAGCCCGAGAACCAGCCCGAGAACCAGCCCGCGAACCAGCCCGAGAACCAGCCCGAGAACCAGCCCGCGAACCAGCCAGGGAACCAGCCCGGGAACCAACCAGCCCGGGAACCAACCAGCCCGGGAACCAACCAGCCCGAGAACCAGCCCGAGAACCAGCCCGAGAACCAGCCCGAGAACCAGCCCGAGAACCAGCCCGCGAACCAGCCCGAGAACCAGCCCGAGAACCAGCCCGCGAACCAGCCCGGGAACCAGCCCGAGAACCAGCCCGAGAACCAGCCCGAGAACCAGCCCGAGAACCAGCCCGAGAACCAGCCCGAGAACCAGCCCGAGAACCUGCCCGCGAACCAACCAGCCCGGGAACCAACCAGCCCGCGAACCAGCCCGAGAACCAGCCCGAGAACCUGCCCGCGAACCAACCAGCCCGGGAACCAACCAGCCCGCGAACCAGCCCGAGAACCAGCCCGAGAACCAGCCCGAGAACCAGCCCGCGAACCAACCAGCCCGGGAACCAACCAGCCCGCGAACCAGCCCGAGAACCAGCCCGCGAACCAACCAGCCCGCGAACCAACCAGCCCGAGAACCAGCCCGAGAACCAGCCCGAGAACCUGCCCGCGAACCAGCCCGAGAACCAGCCCGGGAGCCAACCAGCCCGCGAACCAGCCCGAGAACCAGCCCGAGAACCAGCCCGCGAACCAGCCCGAGAACCUGCCCGGGAACCAGCCCGAGAACCAGCCCCGAGAACCAACCAGCCCGCGAACCAGCCCAAGAAACCAGCCCGAGAACCAGCCCGAGAACCAGCCCGAGAACCAGCCCGAGAACCAGCCCGAGAACCAGCCCGAGAACCAGCCCGAGAACCAGCCCGAGAACCAGCCCGAGAACCAGCCCGAGAACCAGCCCGAGAACCAGCCCGAGAACCAGCCUGAGAACCAGCCCGAGAACCAGCCUGAGAACCUUCACAACUGUGCAUGGUUUUUUUCAUCUGAACUGGUAGGAUUGACCUAUACCAGGUAA